CCUGGGUACACAAGUGGCCUGGUAGAGCUGCGGGUGGGCGACCGGGCCAUGAACCUAGGAGAUGGCUUAAAGCUUGAAACUGAAUUAUUGGAUGGAAAAACCAAGCUAAUACUGUCUCCAUAUGAGCAUAAAUCAAAAGUUUCUGUGAAGAUGGGAAAUAAGAUCAAGAUUGCAAAAGGUCCUUUAAGAAUAAAACAGACUGGACACAUUCUAAGAUCAACACAGAAUUCUUACAUUGGGAGUGAAAACGUUUUUCAAAAGAAGAUAGUCAGUUUAGAAACUUCACAGGCAAGAUCUGAGAAAAGCAGAUUGCCGUUUUCACCGUCUCAGGAUUCAUGUCAGCAGCAUGCAGAAAAAGACUGUCUUCAUUUCCCGAAAGAGUCUUCACCUGCAGCCUCUACUGUCCAGAAGAUUAUAAACACCACAGAUAAAUGCCGAGUGGCUCAACAGAAGACUUGCAAAACACACUCCAGCGAAAACACGAACAGCAGCAUGGUGUGUCUAACCCAAGACCAACUACAGCAGAUUUUGAUGAGUGUGAGCCAAGGAAAUGGAUCUGUGUCCCUAGCUGAAAAUGGAAAGGAGGAGAAAGCAAGCCGAGACAGUUUCCAGUUAAUCAGUGUCCCUAGCCAGCCGGAGGGUGUGAAUGCCACAGGGUCACCGCAGACAACAGGGGCCGUUUCCCCCGUCUCAGAUGAAGGGAAGUGUGUCCUCAGUAGAGCUCAAGAGGCCCUUCAGCAGUGUGAGCAGAAAAUGGCCACAGAGAAUGAGUGGAAGCCAGCUGACAUAUUCAGUACUCUGGGGGAACGGGAGCGUGAUAGAAGUUUGCUGGAAGCCAGAAGAGUGCAGUGGAAGAAAGAGCUGGAUGAACAGGUUGCCUUAAAAAAGAAAGAAAAAGCAGCUUCUCAAAAAUGGAAUGAUCCUUGGAAAAAAUCCGAAAUAGAAUGUGAGAAACUUCAAAUCCUUGACCAAUCUAAGGGCGAGGAACAUGACAGAUGGGCAGUGCACUUUGAUUCCUUAAAGAGUCAUGCUGGUUCUCAGUCUCAGCUGUCCUGUCAGCGAACACACCAACCCCUGGAGUCCUGUUGUGUCUCUCCUGACACUCAGGAGGUGGCUGAUGUCCACAGUGUGUACACACCUUCACUUGCCAUCCAGCUGGAACCUUCAGAAGAACAGAGAGCCAAAGCUGUUACGGAUAUGACCGUGUCAUACAGUCAGAAAACAAACUUUCUCCGUUCUAUGACUGCACUCUUGGACCCAGCACAGAUCGAGGAGCGGGAAAAACGCCGGCACAAACAAUUAGAACAUCAGAAAGCAAUCAUGGCUCAGGUAGAAGAGAACCGCAGGAAGAAGCAACAGGAAGAAGAACAAAGAAAGAAGGAAGAGCAGGAAGAGGAGCAGCGCUUGGCUCGGGAACGGGAGGAGAUGCAGAGGCAAUAUGAAGAGGACAUUCUGAAGCAGAAACAGAAAGAAGAAAUCAUGACUCUAAAGACAAAUGAGCUGUUCCACACCAUGCAGCGCGCUCAGGAGUUGGCGCAGAGACUGAAGCAGGAGCAGAGAAUCCGAGAACUGACUCAGAAAGGACAUGACGCAUCCAGGCUGAUUAAGAAUCUUGGCACAAUAGUGGAUUAUAAGGCGUCCACUACCAUUUCCAGUUCAGGAAGAGAUGCUGAGGAGGCUGCUGAAGAAACCUGUGCAGCUACUCCUUCCACAAACUCUCCCAGGAUGGACAUUGGCGUGCAGACAGAUGACUUAAAUUUAGGAAUUUUCAACAAUGAGCUACAACACUGUGGAUCAUUAACAGAGAGGGGCACUAGAAACUUUCCUUCUCCAGAGAUUUCUACAGAAUUUAAUGGACAUACUAGCACUAAAAAUGACAAGCAAGAACUAAGUAUUGCUAAAGGCACUAAUUUAGACAAGGAAACCAGCUGGCAUAAAGGCCAGUGUAAUCAGUACAGAAGAACAGAGAAACAAACAAAACAUAUUAUGAAGAAAUGUCCUAAAAAGCCCGCUUGGAAUAUAAACAAGCCUCUGAAAAGGUAUGUCCCUGCAUCAGCAAGAUACCCCAUCCAUCUCCAAAAGGAGAAAGAAGAAAAAAAGUUAAGAAGGCAGAUGGAGCUGCUUCACUUACUAGAAAGAAACAACCCUGCGAACCUCUCCCAAAAUAGAGGUCCUUCCCCACAAGUUCUUGCGCCAUCUCAUCGAGAAACUGAGUCAGAGAACAGGUUGCAGCUAAUCAAAAAGGCAGAAGAACCUCUGAAAAGUCCUUCAGAUAUUGAAGAAUGGUUCCAGUUAUCAGCAAUAAAGAGUAGAACUCAGCAAACUCAGACUGAUUCAGUACACUCACCAUUAAAAAAUAGUGACUAUGAAAAAGAGAACCUGGCCUUAGGAGACAGUCAAACUCAGUUAUCAGAGAAGAUGUCUGAGACAACUCACUUUAUUCCCUAUGUUCGAACAAAUGAGAUCUAUUAUCUUGAUCCGGAUGCACCUUUGUCUAGGCCAUCAACCCAAGAGAACCAAUACCAAAAAUUUCAUGAUUGUGACCAACAACAAGAGCUAUUUGACUCUGACCAUACCAGGGAUCCACUUCUUAAUCCUAAAUUGGUGAAAAACAGGGAUCGACAGCAAGCUAUCCUUAAGGGGCUUUCAGAAUUAAGACAGGGUCUUCUCCAGAAACAAAAGGAGCUGGAAACGAAUCUCAUACCCUUAACUGCAAACCAAGAAGACAAUUUUAGUUCUUCAUUUUAAAUAUGCUCACCACUCAACUGCAUUUUCCAAGCACCCAAUGAAAAACUUCACAUUAUGUAAGGAAAUGCUGUAUUUUUUUAAAGACAAUAAAACAGUUUGUAGUUUAAAAAAAUGAUCUCUGCCAUACUAAGACAUAAACUUACUUCCUACUUACCAUACUAGAGUCUAGAGACCUCUGACCUGUUAGCGGUGUUGAGGGCAUGAGAAGUACUAUAUUAACACACUGAGCUAAACUCUUACUCAAAGCACUCAAAUUCAUUUCAGAAUCCUGUGGCUUUUCUAUAAAUUUUGUUUUCAUAGUAUUAAAAGUGGAGAUGCCCCAGUUUUCACAAUAUAGAUUUAUUAACAGUAAGCAAGGGAUGUAAGUUAUAUAAGGGCUUGAAAUUUAUCUCCACCAUAAAGUUUUUGUAUAGAUUUAGUAUAGCACUAAGGUAUGUAACUAGUUCUAAUUAAGACCACCUCAAAGAUCUGUUCCAAAUUAUUCAAUACCACUGAAAACAGAAGCUGACAAAAAACGUAAGUGAAGCUAAAUUUUUACACAGCUAAACCUGGAGAUUGAGAAAAUGCUACUUGGUAUUGUAGACAUAGGUUUGCUAAAUUGCAAUUGCACUGUUAGAUAUAGCUUGAGGUACAGAGCCAAAAUCCUAUUAAUAUUGACACUGCUGGCUUAUACCUGUGUAAAAACACUAUACAAAAGCUUUAAUCAAAAUAAAUAAUUGACAUUUCAGCAAAGUUAUCAUCUGACAUUAAAGAAAAUCAUUUCUAUUUACCAUUCUUUUAUAAACAUCAAAUUUUACAUAUAAAACAGACUUCAAUUUGAAGCCCAAGUACAGGUAACAAAUGUGAAACUGGAAGGUGCCAACAUGAGAUAAUUUGAUUACAGUAUGUCCAAAAAAGUAUUUAUUUCAAUUUUCAGAUGCUUCAAAUGUUACAGGUCAACAUGAUUUAAGUAUAUGGGAAAGAAAAAAUUUUCUUAAAAGUUAGGAAACUUGAAAAACAUGAAUUCACUUUUCAGAAACUGAAAAAAGUCCACAACCUAUUUUUUUCCUUUUCAUUUUUUUUUGAGUUAUUGUAAUUUAUCUUUGGACACAUCCUUAACUUAAUGGAGAUUUCUCUCUAUCCAAGUUUUUGUAAGCAGAUAAAAAGUAAUUUUCAUUUUCUUGAGACUGAGUUGAUGCAAGGGCAUAUGGUGCCCCCAGAAACGUCUGAUGAGUGAGAACAUUAAAGUGACAAAACUGGCGGGACAUUUCUAAUUGACUUUGAUAAGCCUGAACGUUGCUAUAUGAAUCUUGUUCUGCUGAAUUGCUGUUCUCUCCUUCAGAGCAUACUCUAUCAAUAGGAGCUCUCUCUUCACAAUCAAUAUGGGAAGUCUUAUCUUCUAAUAAACUGUUUUGCACGUCAAGAGAUGACUGCAAUUCAAUUUGAUUAUUGUUUUUUUGAUCUGUUCCACUUGAUCCUUUGGUCUCUCUCGCCAAUAUUUCUGAAUGAAAAUUGCUGAAUACUUCUAUAUGUGAGAUUUCGUCCCCUGAAUCCAGAGACAUAUCCUCUUCAUCCUUUUCACCGUUUUCUAAAAGAGCUACAUUUAAAAAACAAAAAGCCCUCCUCUAUUGAAAUACACAGUUUGUUUAGUUUGUAAAAUUAUACACUACUCACACAACAUAGUGCGUCAGGAUCUGCAAAGUCCACAAUCCCUUAAAGCUUGGUCUUCUGCCACAAGUUCACUUAGUCACAACACUCACAUUAGGUGUGAGUGUCCAGAUAAUCCGAUGCUAAAAGCUUCUCGAA